UUCCUCCACAAGCUCCCCUCUCUCUCUCUCUCUCUCUCUUCACUUUUUUUGUUGGGUUGUUGUCUCUCUCUUCAAAGUCCAACCCCCAUUCUUCUUUAAAACCCCCAAAAGAUCCCCCCUAUCCAGCACUUCUCUAUCACAUUGCACUCCUCAGUGCUCACUAGUCUCUCUCUCUCUCUCCUCUUUCUGAUCAAGACUUCCAUUGUCGCCGCAAGAACUGCCAGCAAACAAGCAGGCUUCUCACCACGAAUUGCUUCUCGACAUGGACAGCCAUGAUCAGUGUGCUUCAAGAUUGAGUCGAAAGAGGAAGUUUGAAUACCAAGAAGGUCAUGGAACCCUGCACUUGGAUGAUCUCAAUCAAGACCUCCUCGAAAAGGUGCUCUCGUGGCUACCAACCUCUGCGUUCUUCCGCCUCACUUCGGUCUGCAAGAGGUGGAAGUCGGUUGCUGAUUCCCCGAGCUUCAAGCUCGCCUGCUCCGAUAUUCCUUCCCGUGAGCCGUGGUUCUUCAUGGUUGGCUCAUGCCUCAACAAAUCGGUCGUCUUUGACUCGGCCGAAUCCAAGUGGAAGCCACUCAAUCACCCAUCCUUCCUCCAGAAGGACCUUAGCUUUCUGCCCGUGGCGUCAUCUGGUGGCUUUAUCUGCUUCCGAAAUGCUUCCGGGAACUUCGUUGUGUCCAAUCCCGUGACAGGGUCCUUCCGAGAGCUCCCACAUACUGAAAACCAAACAAUUCAUGCCAUUGUGAUGCAAUCAACUCCUGGGCCUUAUAACUCUUUCAAGCUUGUAUUGGUGUGUGGUGAAUUACCAAGGCUUUCUUUCAAAACCUUCAAUUCGGUACUUGAUAGAUGGGAUGAUGAUAAUCUGCUCAGCAAAAAUCACGAAGAUCCUGGGGAGAUCGAAGAGGAUGCUGUCUACUUCCUUAGUAAGGCAGGCAAUCUGGUGGUUACCAAUAUGCUCAGAAGCCCAUCAAAGCAAUAUUCAUCAGUUAUGACCAUCAAGAAUGGUCAUGAGAUUGUCUAUUUCCUAAGCUCCUCGGGGACUGUCGUGGCCUGCGACUUGACAAGCAGGUGCUUCUCUGAGUACCCAAGGCUACUGCCUAUGUGGUAUGAGUACUCCAUCGACAUAGUGGAGUGCAGAGGCGAGAUGAUAGUUGUGGUCUUAUCGGAAUUCUUUGAGAGCGCAAGCCUCAGGAUGUGGCGAUACAAUGAAGUUAACAGGUCUUGGCAGCAAAUCACGGCAAUGCCGCCAGCCAUGGCCCAUGAAUUUUAUGGCAAGAAGGUGGACAUAAACUGCCUCGGGGCUGGUGACCGGGUAUUGAUAUGCUUGAAUUCGAGCGAUCUGUUUAAGUACAUUCUUUAUGAUUCUGUUGGCAAUGAAUGGAUUGAAUUGCCAACCUGUGAUAUGAAGGGUGAACCGAUGGAGUUCAUGUCUGCCUUCUCCUUUGAGCCCAGGAUUGAGGCUUCUGUGUGAAAAAAAGGAAGAUUUAGUUGUCUGCGAGUGUCUGUACUUUGAGGGAUUAGGAGUGCCACUGAUUUUUGUAUUCUUUCUCAUUUGUUUUGCUUAUUGGGCAAAGAUUGCUAGGCUGAGAUCAAUUUGUUUUUAUUCCAAGUUCAUACAUCCAUUUGUUUUUCUGCUCAAGGCUGGAUUUGUUCCAGAAUGAAUAGGCUGAUGCAUAUCCCUUGCAUCACUCUUUCUUCAAUAUGUGAAGUCCAGCACUCUGCAAUAGCAUGAAAAGCUGCAAUGAAUAAUAUUAUAGCAAGUGUUUUGCCUA